CUGCGCCUUUUUUUUCUCGUUAACCAGAGCCACCCAACUGAUCGACAGAACGCCUAGCCACAGUCAAACUCAGAUAUCAACCCCCACAGUCCUGUUGCUCCUCAGGGCCUGGUAGCUCCGGCUCGUCAAACAUCAACAAUAGACCAUGCCAGGAGGAAUCAGACAGAAUCGGCGCCAGCCGGCUGAUUCACAAAGUCCUCGCAGCAAACGGUCGAAGAUGCCAGAAACAGAACGCAUUGAAGCGGAUACCCUUUGCGAAAGAUGCCGCGGCAUCCACACGGAGGCUGGCCAUAUUCAUGUCAAGGCAGAUCUGGGUGUCCAACUCGCCAUCGUCGACGAUAACUCCGACCAGCUUCUCGGCUCAGCCUGCAUGUUCUGCCGCCUCCUGGGAUCCAUCAAGGACCAAAGCUUGGACGGUCAUGAAUGCCGGCUUUACGCCUAUUCGGCCAAUGCUAUCUACGCCCGCAUUCGUACCCCUACACUCAAGAAACACGAUAUAGCGUCAUCGGUUCUCCUCGGAAUUGUAGCGUCUACCGCUCGAUCAACGACUCUAGAAGCAAGUGAUUUCAUUGGUGUUGUCGAUCCGCAACGUGAAGGACAGAGCACAAGCAUCGGCCCUCGACGGAUUCGAACAGACAGGAUUGAUUACGCCAUGAUCAAAUCCUGGAUAUCCUUUUGCGAAAGCAAACACAAACGUCUAUGCAACCCUUCGAUCACCGAGAUUGUGGAGAAACUGAGAGUAAUCGAUGUCGAUACGCUAGAUGUCAUAGACGCGCCAGAGAACUGCGAGUAUGUGGCGCUUUCGUAUGUUUGGGGAGCACACGCCGCUCCGCCAGGCAGAUUUCCCAAGGUUGUGGAGGACAGCUUCGUAGUCACGAAGAAGUUGGGAUACAAGUAUGUCUGGGUCGACAACUAUUGUAUUGAUCAAAACAAUGUCACCGACAAACACGAUCAAAUCAAAGCCAUGAACCUCGUCUAUGGCAAUGCGAAAUUAACUCUGAUCGCUGCCGCCGGCGAAGGCUCUGACCACGGUCUGCCAGGCGUGGGAACCCGGGAGAGAGUUGGGCAGAAUUCUCUCUCCAUCGACGACCAUCUCUACAUCCAGACCUUCCCCCAUGCGUCUUGGGCUUUAGAUACUAGCCGAUGGGCAACGCGAGGCUGGACUUUACAAGAGGCUAUGUUGUCCAACCGGAGACUCGUCUUUACAGAUUACCAAGUCGCCUUUCAGUGCAACGGCAUGCACUGCUCUGAGGCGGUACACUGGCCCUACGAGCUGAUGCACGCGAAGUCUUCCCGCCGGUUGCCCGAAAAUGUUCCUCGGCCCCCCUUCGGCCGCCUGACGCUGGACCAGAAGUACUACGACGUGGACCGGCCCUACUUCCAUCUCUUGAGCAUUCUCGAAGAGUACAGCAACCGCACGUUGUCUUACUCCUCCGACUCUCUGAACGCGUUUCUAGGCAUUCUGUCCAGCUUUGCAAGUCGCAAGAAUCCGAUCUACCAUGUCUGGGGCGUGCCCCUAGUCUUCCAGCACAACAGGUGGGACCUGAAGCUCAAUUGGCGUCACAGGCAGCCGUGCAAUCGGCAGACCCAGUUCCCCAGCUGGUCCUGGGCGGGAUGGUCCGGGCCGGUGACGAGGGGAAAGCAACUUUUCAUGGGGGCCGGGAAUCUCUUCCUCAUCAGCCUAGAGAAGGACAGCCGAGGCGAGGAAGCCGAGAUUAUAGAUCUGCAGGACUUCGGUAAAGAACACGGCAAAUACCAUAUGUAUGCGUCUGGAUCACUUUUCCUCCGGCUGAGGAUAUGGGCCGUCGACCUAGAGUUCACACAUGUCUCCUGGUCGGGUGUUAGUGAGGCAGCGAGACAAGCAUAUUACGACGAAAGGAACUUGGGCGAACGCUCGCAAAAGGAUGCCUUCAAAGAGGGACUAUACGCCAAACUCCCGCGACGAGGGUAUACCGAGCUCGCGUACUUUUACAUCGACGACAAAGAUUUCGAUGCCGAUUCCCUGCAGGAGAAAUCGCUACCAGCGAUGAUGUUCGAUGAUAAUCCUUACAACGCCGACGCGACCUUCAUCAUACUUAUUCACCGUGGAGAGGACCGCUACGAGAGGUUGGGGUAUGUUUUGUUCAGGCCAGCUUCGCCGGAGCCGACGGCCGACACGGCGUUCCGCUCGGACAGUGGAAGAUUAAGCAAGGUCAGGCCGGACAUAGCACCUAGUGUGGGCGAGCAUGAACAGCUGCUGUGGAAAGAACAUAAAAUAGCAAUGGACAUCCGGCUAAGCUAGAGGACAUCGCUCCCAGAGAAGAAGUUGGGGCCCAUUGCUGGCAGCCUCUGCACAAUAGACUUAACGGCAGGAUAUUGCUAGACGUAGAUAGGCAGUUAGUAAAAAGUGUAGGUAUUUAGUAUUAUUGUGCUUCAAGGGGUAAGAAAAUAAACGAC